UUUUGAGUCGGAGUAACAAACUGAGUUCCAACAGUCACCAUUUGACUCGAUUAAACGAUUCAAUACGAUUUGUUCACUGACUCACUGAAAAGAACCCCAACCGCCGAGUUUACGCAUUCCGCCAUUAAGCACGCUUGAGAUUGGAUUUUGCAGCAGACUUUACGCAAACAGGCGAAUAUUUUAUUAACAUAAAGUUUAGGACCUUGAGAGGACAUAAUGCCACGCAGACGCGGAUUGUUCACCAUUAUUGGAGUCGCGGCUGGCGCAGUUGGUGCCGUUGUUUUGGCCCCAGUGGCGCUCACCGCAGCCGGAUUCACCUCAGCCGGUAUAGCCGCUGGUUCACUGGGGGCCAGUAUGAUGUCAUCAGCGGCCAUCGCUAACGGAGGUGGAGUUGCUGCUGGAAGUUUGGUCGCCAUCCUUCAGUCCGCAGGUGCUGUUGGGUUGUCUACGGCAGCGACAGCAGCAGUGGCGUCUGUGGGUGGAGCAGCAGGUGCUGUAAUAGGUGGAGCUGCAGAUUUGUUGUCUUCCUCAAAAUCCCCUAAAUCUCGUCCCAAGAAGUCAUCUUCAGAUGAAGAUUCUGAUGAAGAGGAAUUGGAUAAUGAAGUCCAAAUUGAGUCUAAAAAGCUUAUACCACAUUAUUUCUAGUCCAGAAAGUCAACUUGCCGGCAUCUUAAAAACAAAUGAUUUUUUUUUAAAUGUUUACAUUAAAUAUUUUGUGUGCCAAGUGUAAUAGGCUGUGUCUUUUCUGUUAUCUAACUCAAAAUCAGCAUAAGCAAUACUAACAAUAAAAUGUGCAGGAGGAGAAAAGCACACACAGACCUUCAAUAAGUCCUCGAAUCACUUCAGCUGUUAUUUUAACAUCACAAGCGUUGGAUUGUCUGUUGCAGGUCAGGCCACUGUGGGUGCUAUGGGGGCUUCCAUGGGUGCAGUUGCAAUCAAUCAAUGCUUAGUAACAGCACUGUGUAACUGAGCUUUGUUGUUUUUAUCAAAUUAUUUAAAUAAAAUGCACUUUAAAUAUAAAUAAAAUAUGAAAAUAACGUUAUUACUCAAAAGAGAUCUUUAAAUCAUCAAGAAAUCUUCCUGGAGUAAUGGAAAUGUGUAUUAAAAUGUUAUAUUUAAUGUUGAAUCUUUGUCACCACAUUAAAUACAUCUUGUUGCUUACUUAA